AAUAGUGACAGUGUCGUAGGUCGUAUUGUUUAUGAAACUGUAAAACAUUAUAUUAUUUAUGAGAUUCGGUACAUUUUUUCAUAAAUAGAGGAAACUGCAAUUAAUUCGAGAAAGAAUUUAAAUGAUUUCAACAGUCGCUUGCAGUUGAUAUCUGAAAGGACGUCAUUUUAUUUUCAGAAUAUUAGCUACGGCGUUUAUCGAACAACUUUCUUCAUUCGACCUUCUGUGGUUUUUAUUGUAGACGCGACGUAUAUGUGGAUUCUUUAUGUUUGAUCUUAUUUUUCCCAGCGAUAUGAUGGUCAUAAAGAUUUAAUUUCUUGGCAGUCAGAUUAUUCGUGGUGAUCAAUUUCGUGUAAUAUACAAUUAUCAGCAGGAAUAUCAGGGCAUCAUGGCUAUGCAUACCAUACCACCAAAACGAAAAGAAAUCUACAAGUACGAGGCGCCAUGGCCAUUGUACAGUAUGAACUGGUCGGUAAGGCCUGACAAGAGAUUUCGUCUAGCACUGGGAAGCUUUGUAGAGGAGUACAAUAACAAAGUACAAAUUGUUUCACUAGAUGAAGAAACAUCUGAAUUCAGUGCUAAAAGUACAUUUGACCAUCCUUAUCCUACUACAAAAAUUAUGUGGAUCCCUGACAGCAAAGGUCAACUUCCUGAUCUUCUUGCCACAUCCGGUGAUUAUCUGAGAGUAUGGCGUGCUGCAGAACCUGAGACUCGUUUGGAGUGUGUCCUGAAUAAUAAUAAGAACUCAGAUUUCUGUGCACCGCUUACAUCUUUCGACUGGAACGAAGUGGAUCCCAAUCUAAUCGGAACUUCCAGCAUCGAUACCACUUGUACAAUUUGGGGACUGGAGACAGGGCAGCCUAUGGGUCGAGUCUCAAACUUGUCAGCGGUCACCGGUCAUGUGAAAACGCAAUUGAUUGCACACGACAAGGAAGUAUAUGAUAUCGCGUUCAGUCGUGCCGGAGGUGGCCGCGACAUGUUCGCCUCUGUCGGUGCUGAUGGAUCCGUGAGGAUGUUUGAUCUACGACACUUGGAGCAUUCGACAAUUAUCUAUGAGGAUCCGCAGCACACUCCGUUGUUGCGAUUAGCGUGGAACAAGCAGGAUCCUAAUUAUCUCGCUACUGUAGCGAUGGACGCUUGCGAAGUCAUCAUUCUAGAUGUUCGAGUACCGUGCACGCCAGUCGCAAGAUUGAAUAAUCACAGGGCCAGUGUUAACGGAAUAGCCUGGGCCCCGCAUUCAUCUUGUCACAUUUGCACAGCCGGUGAUGAUCAUCAGGCUUUAAUCUGGGAUAUACAGCAAAUGCCAAGAGCAAUAGAGGAUCCUAUACUCGCUUAUACCGCCGCAGAAGGCGAGGUCAAUCAAAUUCAAUGGGGUGCCACGCAACCCGAUUGGAUAGCCAUUUGUUACAAUAAAGCGGCAGAGAUUCUUCGAGUAUAAUUGUCUUCUUUACUGAAACGCAUUUAUUUCAUCUCGAGAUAUUCGAGAGAAUGUUGCUAUUAGAAUGUCUUUUUUAUUAUUAAUAUAAUAGACAUAUAUAGCUUGUUUUAGAAACAAUAACUAUAAAACAUUUUAUUUAAUGCGUUUCACAAUUGUACAUAUGUUUAUAGAAAUAUUAUAAACAUAAUAGUGAACAUUUUUCUUUCAACAAAAGACAUAGAUGACACAAUGUAACAUAGUGAAUCAUUUCGGCUUUGUUAUUUGUUAAACAAGAAUGAAAAGAUUCACGGUGUCUCUUGUUGGAAAUUGCUCAGUAUUAAGGUUUCUCAGUUAUUGAUACUUAAAUCAUUAUAUGUAAUUAAUUAUGCAUCAGUCAUUUUAAAUGUCACUCUUAAGUUACAUAUAGUUAGAUAUAUGCAAGAAAAAAUGAUUAUUAGAACAAUCAG